GAGGCCACCUCCAUCUCCCAUUAUUCUCCUUGGUAAUCUCCAGCAUCUGCAGCAACAUAAACUAAGCUUUUGAUGACCCUACUUGGAGAAGAUUGCUGAAGCUUCACUUUGAUUGAGAGCCAUGCCUUUAGUUAAGAGGAACAUUGAACCUAGGCAUCUCUGCCGAGGAGCCCUUCCUGAAGGAAUUACGAGUGAACUGGAAUGUGUAACCAAUAGUACCCUCGCUGCUAUUAUACGACAACUUAGCAGUCUAAGCAAACAUGCUGAAGAUGUAUUUGGUGAGUUGUUUAAUGAGGCCAACAACUUCUACAUCAGAGCAAAUUCUCUUCAAGACAGAAUUGAUCGUCUUGCUGUCAAAGUAACCCAGCUGGAUUCAACAGUGGAAGAGGUAUCAUUACAGGAUAUCAACAUGAAAAAAGCAUUUAAAAGUUCAACAAUACAGGACCAGCAAGUAGUUUCAAAAAAUAGCAUUCCUAAUCCAGUGGCUGACAUCUACAAUCAGAGUGACAAACCACCUCCAUUGAAUAUUCUUACACCAUAUAGAGAUGAUAAGAAAGAUGGUUUGAAGUUUUAUACUGAUCCCUCCUAUUUUUUUGAUCUUUGGAAAGAAAAAAUGUUACAAGAUACAGAAGACAAACGAAAAGAGAAAAGGAGACAAAAGGAGCAAAAGCGUAUAGAUGGCACAACCCGUGAGGUGAAAAAGGUUAGAAAAGCCAGGAACAGGCGCCAGGAGUGGAAUAUGAUGGCAUAUGACAAAGAGCUUAGGCCUGACAACAGGUUGUCUCAAAAUGUGUACCAUGGAGCAUCUUCAGAGGGAUCACUGUCCCCAGAUACUAGGUCCCAUGCGUCCGAUGUUACCGAUUAUUCUUAUCCUGCUACUCCAAAUCAUUCCCUUCACCAGCAACCAGUGAUGUCUUCAUAUGGAUCAGGAGAUGGACCACAGUAUAUGGGUGUAAACCAGGGUCUUGAGCAUGAAUAUAGACCAUCUUCUAUCACAGUGCGGCAUGCUACCUUAAAUAGACCUCAACAACCACCUCCACCUCCACCCCAGGCCUCAGAGGGCCCACACAGCUCUGUACCUUUGAUACCAGCAGACUAUGGAAUGCUCCCAGCUCAGAUGGUGGAUUAUUAUAAUCCUACUGGACCGCCCUCCACUCCAGUUCCCCCUAUGAUUCCUUCAGCCCAAACUGCUUUUGUUAGUCCUCUUCAGCUUCCUAUGCCACCUUCCCAUUCUGGGUUAGUGACCGGAUCUACCUAUGCUGCCGCUGCUGCUGCUCCUUCUUCUGUGCUUGUCACAGCUUCCCCUCCCCCUGGCCCACCUCCUCCCCCACCAGGUCCUCCUACUACAGGUGCAUCUCUCACAUCCUCCCCAAUGCAUGCUUUUCCAGUUUCAGAGGCAAAACGACAUGAGCCCACACAGCCGCCAAUCAGCGAUGCUCGAAGUGAUCUUCUUGCUGCUAUUCGAAUGGGAAUUCAGCUGAAAAAGGUACAAGAGCAACGUGAACAAGAAGCAAAGCGAGAACCUGUUGGAAAUGAUGUGGCAACUAUUCUUUCAAGGCGCAUUGCUGUGGAAUACAGCGAUUCUGAUGAUGAUUCAGAAUUUGAUGAAAAUGAUUGGUCAGACUGAGACCUGCUCCAGUGCAGGAGCAGAAUUCAUGAAAUGUUUUGCUCCAAUAUUCACACAUUUAGCAGGACAGGAGGCAGUGUGUUGAAAUGUAUUAAAAACUAGAAAUCUAAGUACUAAAAAUGAGUCGGUAUUCAGAAUGCUGUAGCUUAGCACAUUUUGUAAUGUGAUUAUGCCGAUGCAGAUCCCAAAGUUGAGUCUUAUUUUCAGUAUUUACUGCAUAAUACAUAAGUGCCACUAAAUGUAGCAAAUCGUGCACUGCAUGCAAAGUAGGCUGCAGUUGCACUGUUACAAAACCAGCAUUUUGUUUUACUUUAUUGAUCAUGAACUUAUGGAAUAUAUUUUUACUUUACAUCUUAUUCUUUAUAAUUUUGCAAACUCAGUACUUGUGAAACUGGCUGUUAGUCAUGAGGACUUUUAGAAGAUUCAGUGAUACAUGACUGGGCAAUGUCUUCAAGUUCUUAAGUCAUCUUAACAUUUUUCAGAAAUCAGUCAUGUCAACCUUAAAAUAUAACAGACAUCAACUAAAUGUUGUCUUACUAAUACCAGUUUUAAGUAAUUUUUUUGAUUUAGUUGGUUAUGUUGUUUUAAUCUCCUUUACAAAUUCCAUCCAUUGAAAACUCAUUAUUAAAAUGUAAGUUUGAAGAGUAUAUUCACAAAAUUCACUAGUUAUUUUUGAUAGGGGACUGGAUUGCCCAGUCAGUAAUGGGAAGUUGCUAGAUGAUGAUUUGACAGUAAAAUAACAAUGUGGUCUCAGUUCACUAUGUUGUAGACACAUGUUUAUAUUAUAAAAACCACAGUUGGAAUUGAGGUUCUUUGUGGCUGGCUGUGGACAUGGCUUGACUUUUACUUGAAGAUUGAAGUGCCAUGUUAAAUUUAGGAGUAGAAACCUGGGUGGAACCACGUGGUUAGUACAGAGUGGAAAGCUUACUCUCCUACUGCUAAUUCUGUGUCUAUUAUGUGGAUGAAAGAGCAACCUCGGUUUAAUGCUAGCAAUUGAAUAAAUUUUACAAGUACUACAUUUAGGUUUUUUUAUUCCUGUCGAUAUAAAUGCAUGUAGAUAGGCUUUUGCUUAUAUGGUAUGUGUAUAAUCAUGUAAUAUCAUUGCAGUUUCUUAUAACUUUUUCAUUCAAGGCCCUUGAUUUUUGAAUAUAUUUCCAGCCCAGUAUGUCCCAUUU